GUGUUGGUGCAGUGUUGACUGUAGUUUGAAUGCACACACAUACAUAUGCACACACACAAAUACAUACACGGUUAUCCGCACUAAACAGAGUGUUAUUUCACACUUCAUUCCCGGAAUUAUACCGCUGCUCGAUAGAAAGGCCCGAAGGAAACCAAACUCGCUUUCUUUUUCCUGGUUGUCCUGGUAACGUGUUGCCAUGCCGUUCCCGUUUGUUAGGCCGCCCCACAAAUUACCGGUGGGCAUCGUGAAAAGCCUGAAGGACAGCAUGACCAUUCUGGAGAAACAGGACAUCUCGGACAAGAAGGCUGAGAAGGCCUCUGAAGAGGUGUCCAAAUGUCUUCUGGCUAUGAAGGAGAUUCUUUACGGCACUAAUGAGAAAGAACCGCAGACUGAAGCCGUGGCCCAGCUCGCUCAGGAGCUUUAUAACAGCGGUCUGCUUAGCAUCCUCAUUGCAGAUCUGCAGCUCAUUGACUUUGAGGGCAAGAAAGACGUAGCGCAGAUCUUUAACAAUAUUCUGAGACGACAGAUUGGCACACGGACACCCACUGUGGAAUACCUGUGCACGCAACAGAACAUAGUCUUCAUGCUGCUGAAAGGUUACGAGUCUCCAGAUAUCGCUCUGAACUGUGGCAUCAUGCUGCGGGAAUGCAUACGUCACGAGCCGCUGGCCAAGAUCACACUAUCCUCCGAGCAGUUUUAUGAUUUCUUCAGAUAUGUUGAGAUGUCCACCUUUGACAUCGCCUCGGAUGCAUUCGCCACUUUUAAAGAUUUGUUGACGAGACACAAACUGCUCAGCGCUGAGUUUUUGGAGCAGAACUAUGACAGAUUCUUUAGUGAAUAUGAGAAACUUCUUCACUCUGAAAAUUACGUCACCAAGAGGCAGUCGCUAAAGCUGUUGGGAGAGCUGCUUUUGGACAGACAUAACUUCACCAUAAUGACGAAGUACAUAAGCAAACCAGAAAACCUCAAACUCAUGAUGAAUCUACUGAGAGAUAAGAGCCGCAACAUCCAGUUCGAGGCCUUUCAUGUUUUUAAGGUGUUUGUGGCCAACCCGAACAAGACCCAGCCGAUCCUGGACAUCCUGCUGAAGAACCAGACCAAACUGAUCGAGUUCCUUACCAAGUUUCAGAGCGAUCGCACCGAGGACGAGCAGUUCAACGACGAGAAGACCUAUCUAAUCAAACAGAUCCGCGACCUCAAAAAGCCAACCCCACAGGAUGCCUGAGACACGCGAAUGUAUUCGACAGCAUAGAAAACGUCUAGACAGUGUUUUAGGCAACGUCCGGACAAAGUUUGGCUUUCUGGGACUGGAAGUGGCCGCAGCACAGGGCAUGUUUGGACAGAUUUGUGUUUUGCUGGAAGCGUCGCCCGCUUAUGCCAAACGGGUGAUAAAUGAUGGAGGAUGAGAAGAGUCUUGCUUCGCUUGACACGCCACCUCAAACCCCGCAAUGUUUUAUUCUCAUGGUUAAAAACACGAGCAAAUGAACUGUACGGACAGUUAUAGAUGCUGCUGCGUUAUUGCACAUACAGAAGUGGAGGGUGUUGUACGUUGCACACAAACUCGGAUGUCUCUUUAUGCUAAUUAACCCAAAUUACGUUGAUGGAGUUUAGUAUUGGAUAUUAAUGAAUUCAAGGAAUUUAACAUGCGAAAGCACUUAACUUAUCCUAUAACAACUUUACACACACACACUCCUUAUGUACUCAGUUAACUGAGAAAAUGCCAGGGGUUUAAUAUAGAGAAACGUGGUGCACGUGUGAUGUUGUGCACAAGUUUGUGUGUAAAAAGGUUAAUCAUGCAUACAAGUUGCAUAGCCAGGGUGUACAUACUAGGUUUAUUAAUUUUCUCUUUUUGUUUUGGUUUAGUAGAUUUCAUUGGGCUGAAACGGUUAAGGAUUUUCACACGGCUUACUCAUUUUGAACAUGUUGAUUGAGUGGUUUGGUUGAUGGUUAGUAUUGUGGCAAUGCCCUUGUAGAUGUCGACUCUGAUUUUUUUUCUCACGCUGUAGUAGUGAUGUCAUGGAAACUAACCUACAAUAUGUUUUCUGUGUACUUACCACAAGUACUAAAUGUUCUAUUAUAACCGGUACCGAUGCUUUUUUUACCAGUUUGAGUUUGAUCACAUUAACUUUGCAUUGAUCUCUUGUGAAUCUUACCAAAAUAUGUCCAGGGAAUAUUUCGCCCCAAAAUCAAAUAAUUAAAAGAAAGAUUAAACACUGUACAGUAAGGUUGUAUUUGUUAACAUUAGUAAAUGCAUGAACAAUUUUUCAGCUUUUAAUCUUUGUUAAUGUUGGUUAAUUCCAAUACAGUUGUUCGUAAUAGUAUAGUGUAUUACUAAUGUAAACCGUUAAACUAAAAAGAACUGAGAUUAAUAAAGUUUAAUUCAUGUUAGCUAAUGUAUUAACUAAUGUUAACAAAUACAACCUUAUUGUAAAGUUCUACUAUUAAAUUUUAAGUACUCUGUGUAUGCAUUGUGAUGUCUUUUUCAUGACGGUUAAAUAUAUUUAUAUUUCUUCAUAUUGUAGCUUAAAUUUGUGUGGUAAUUGUAGUUUAAAAUCAAAUUGCUUUAUUAUCAUGAAAAAAUGUCACAAUGUAAUAAACCUGAAUGCAUCUUACUGCAAGUAACCUUCAUUGUCUUCAUUCAAAAUGUUUUUUCAUAUUUAUCUCUUUUGAUUUUGUGGUGAAAUAUGACAUAUUAAUGGGUUUCGUGAUAUUUUCCCAUAAUGCUGCAACAUGAGAUCUUUAUCAGAGAUUUAUCUCUAUCCUUUAAAAACUUAAACCCUUUAGUUGCAGACUUGUCUAAAAUGGUCGGAUGAUAUAGAGUGCUGAAGCGAUGACUUAUUUUGCUGGCCAAUUCUGGAAGUUAGCGGGACACUGAUUCCCUCCCAAAACAGCCCAUUCAUUUUUCCCAUAGACUUUUGGAGUUUAUGACACUUCCAAGUCUUAUCCAACAAGAUAAUCUUCACAGAUCAAUACAAAUUUUAUUAAUUUUUAAUUGUAAAUACAUUUACUAGAAACAUAAAAAGGCAAAUUUUGACUUCAUAAAAGUUUUAUUCAUCUGUGAAGACUUAACCGUGUCAUAAAGUUUUGUUAAUCAGAGCUCUUUUUUUUUUCGUUUAUCCAAAAAUCUAUUGGAAAAAUAAAUGUUUUUUACUGCGAGUGAACCAGUGUCCCGCUAACUUCCGGGUUAUUAGCCUACAAAAAUACGUCAUCCUGCAGCAUUAUAAGCACCCACUGGAUAUUGAGAACAUUGUCAAUCAAACAUUUUAUAUCAUUACAGUGUUAUAACUUUGUUAGAUGGUGGGCUUUACACAAUUGUCAUUUAUUAAUUUACAUAUGACGUUUUGGUUGAUCAUUUUCAAGCCGCCCUCUUUCUUGAACCCCCAUGAUAGUAUGGAAUGUAAUUCAUAAUGUAACUCUGAUUGUUGUACAUGCAAUGCAGAACUUUGGCCGAAAUCUCAUAAAAGCUUGUUCUGCGGAAAGUUUACAGUAGUGAUUAAAGUCACAGGGCUUUGAUAUUUAUACCUCAGUCUUGGCAUAUCUCAUUUGGUGAGUAGCAAUCCAACAAAAUAUACUGUAUCUGUAAUUUAGGCCAGGCUAGAUUUCAUUGGUUGGCAUAUAUAACAGCAGCCGAUUGCGAUCAUCUUAUAUGCCUGAUUACUGGCCUACAGCAUUAAGAAUUCUGAGAAUACAUUUAACUUGCAUAUAAGAAGUGCAUGUUUAUAUUUUAAAGCUUUGGGUUAAGCAUGGACCUUCAACAGGCUGGGGACCUAUAGUGGCGCAGAGUCUGUAUAAUUAAACAGUCCAACCUGAUGUAUUUAAGUCCAGCCCAAAGUAAUAAAACUUUGAGCCCUUGGGGAGAAUUGGUGGGAUUUAAUUUGAAUUGUCAAUCAAUUGCCAGACUAACAAUUGGAAAUAAAGUUUGGAAUUAAAUAAAA